GGAAGGCGGAAAAGGAGCUGUUCUGACCUCAAUGUUUUGAGGUUUUAUUGCCCAGUGCUGCUGUUUUCUGGAAGUUUGCGAUUGUGUUUUUAAACCAGAAUGUUGAAAAGUGACGACGUGCGGGAAAAUGUGAAGAAGUACUAUGGCUGUCGCCUGGAGUCUUCCUGUGACUUGCAAACUAGUGCUACUUCCUGCAGUUUGGCCUGCAGCACCCUGCCAAGGAGUUUAACUGAGGCCCUAAGUCUGAUUCACCCUGACGUCAUCAAAAGAUUCUUCGGAUGCGGCCUUCCGUUUCCAGCGAAGCUCGAGGGCUGCAGAGUUCUGGACCUUGGUAGUGGAUCGGGACGAGAUUGUUUUGCAUUCAGCAAACUUGUUGGGCCGAGUGGACACGUGACGGGCAUCGAUAUGACUGAGCAGCUGAUCACGGCAUCCCGCCAAUUCGUCGAGUAUCAUCAAAAGAAGUUCGGCUACGAGGAGCCCAAUGUCUCAUUUGUCCAGGGAUACAUGGAAAAGCUCUGUGAAGCAGGGAUACAGAGAGAUUCGAUGGACAUUUUGAUCUCCAACUGUGUGAUUUGUCUCUGUCCUGAUAAAAGAGCAGUGCUACAACAAGCCUACGAUGUUCUGAAGGACGGAGGGGAGCUGUACUUCAGUGACAUGUAUGCCAGCAGUGUCAUUCCAGACCACAUGAAACAGGAUCCAGUUCUGUGGGGUGAGGGGAUGGGUGGCUCUCUGUUCUGGAAAGAUCUCAUCUCGCUGGCCCACAGUGUGGGCUUCAGCACUCCACGUCUGGUCUCAGCAAGCCAUAUCGAGGUCCACAACAUCCAACUCAAGGAAAAAGCAGGUGACAUCAAGUAUGCUUCAGGCACCUACCGGCUCUUUAAGUUGCCGCAGCAACCAGGGAGGUCAGGUGCUGCUGUGAUCUACAAGGGAACCAUUCCCGACUUCCCAGAUCAGCUGGACUUUGAUUCCUCGCACUGUUUCAAGAAAGAUGUGGAAGUGGAGGUAGACGCAGAGAUGACAGCAAUUAUCCAGGUUUCCAGAUUCUCUUCGGAUUUUACAGUCAGGAUGUUGGAUGAACAUAAGUCUGAUUCUGAGCCAACACCACAGUGCUGUCACCUCAACCCAUUCCUGCUGGCUGACCGAUGGGGGUCCUCUAUGAAGCAGUGCUCCAAAACAUCCAGAUAAAACAUACAGGCAGCUGCAACCUGCUGAGAAGAAAAUACUACACACAUUUAAUUUUAUUUUAACAAUUCGUGUAAUUUUAUUUGUGCCAACAAGUACUAAUGUCUGUGAAGGAAUGAAUGAAGGAAUUAUAUUUAGUUGGGUUUGAGUUUGCUAACUGGCUACAAAACGUCACAUUAAUACAUUGCAUAGAUGGGGAAAACUAAAAUAAAUAACAUUCAUAAAUUGUAAUAGAUUUUGUAACAGUGAGAGAUCAGAGCAAUACUGUGAAGAGAAAAUUAGGUCUGACAGCUGUGAAGAAAUAAUAAAGGCAUAGUAAUACUUAAAAUGUUACAAGUUGUUUUUAAAACCUGAUUAUAUAGUGAAUAUUUUUCAUUCAUUCACUACAGCCUUGGCUCUAAUGUAAAUAUUUGGUUUUUAUUGUAACACAUCUUUAAUGCAGAACUGGAGAACAGCUACAGGUUGAGAUUUUGUGCUGUCUGUCUGAAAUGACUAGAGGAGAAAAAACUGAUUUGGUAUCAGGUAUUUUUUUUUUUAUUAGAAGCAGAAAAAUGUCACAAUCUUCAUUUUGUUUUCAGUAAACAUCCUGAUAAGGAGCUGCUUAUGUAAAUGCCAGCUGGGCAGUCAGUGAAAAUUUGAAUCAUUUAUAUUUUAGGCUACAUAUGACAAAAAUAAUCCCCAUAGAGAGAGAUACAUAUCUAUUUUUGAUUUUUAAAAGUAGAAAAUAACCAGCAAAAAUAAUAACUGUGUGUUUUUUAGAAUCACACUUAAAAGCACCUUAAUGAGCCUCUGAUGCAUCCUGAUAAACUGAAACCAGUUUAAUUGCACUUAAUUAGUCAAACAAAGCGUAUCACACAGUGAAGAUGUCAAACACCACACAGACAAUUUAACAGUGAAACACACAGAGACUGUUGCUACCCUAUUGCCCUCAUUUUGCCAAAGUGCACCACAGGAAGUCAUUUCUGCCUGUUGCUAUCAGGCUUUACAAUGCCCACGUCUGUGCUAGUUGAU